AGGAUCUGGGACACAGACCGGUAGAUUAUUUCACCGACAUAGACUGACCGGCAUCAGAAAAGCAUCGGAAAACGCUUAUUGCCAAGGAUUUCUAUUGACAGAUUACAACUGUUGAGACUAAAACUAACUAAAAAUCUGAAUUUGAUUUGUAGUUUGAUUUCACUGCGUUGAUCUGAUCUUCUUAAUCGACUGUACUGGGGGGCGUUUAUUGGAAUUGAUACACGGGGAAAUCGAAGUUCUUUCGUCUUCAUCUCUCUUCAAGGAAUGCCAAGAGAGCUGACUCAGAACAGAAUCCAAAAGAUCUGGAUUCCAUCUAAAGAUGAUAAACCAGCUGUACCCAAGAGAGCUGGUGGGGGCCCACACCUGGCCAACCCCCCCACGGUUAUUGUGAUGGUGGGUCUGCCAGCUCGGGGGAAAACCUACAUGUCCAAGAAACUGACCCGCUACCUCAACUGGAUUGGCAUGCCCACCAAAGUCUUCAACGUGGGGGAGUACCGUAGAGAGGCGGUCAAAAACUACAGUUCCUACGACUUCUUCAAGUCUGACAACGAGAAUGCCGUGAAGAUUAGACAACAGUGUGCCUUGGCUGCACUCCGAGACGUCAAGUGCUAUUUGACAGAGGAGGGGGGACAAGUGGCGGUGUUUGAUGCUACAAACACGACGCGCGACAGGCGAGACAUGAUCCUGGAUUUCGGCAGCGAGCACUGCUUCAAGGUUUUCUUCAUUGAGUCUGUGUGUGAUGAUCCUAGUGUCAUCGCCUCAAAUAUAAUGGAAGUGAAGGUGUCCUGCCCGGACUACCAGGACUGCAACAAGACAGACGCCAUGUUGGACUUCCAGAAAAGGAUUGAGUGUUACAAAGCUCACUACGAGCCCCUGGACCCUGAUGAGUAUGACAGGGAUCUGUCCUUCAUUAAGGUGAUCGACGUGGGCAGGCGCUUCUUGGUGAACCGCAUCCAGGACCACAUCCAGAGUAAGAUCGUGUACUACCUGAUGAACAUCCACGUCCAGCCCAGGGCCAUCUACCUCUGCAGGCACGGGGAGAGCAUGCACAACCUGCAGGGACGCCUGGGGGGCGACUCGGGACUGUCUUCACGGGGCAAAAAGUUUGCGGCUGCCCUGUCAGGGUUUGUGGAGGAGCAGAACCUGAAGGGUCUGAAGGUGUGGACCAGCCAGAUGUGUCGCAGCAUCCAGACCGCUGAGGACCUCGGGGUGCCCUACGAGCAGUGGAAGGCCCUCAACGAGUUAGACGCUGGGGUGUGUGAGGAGAUGACCUAUGAGGAGAUCAAGGAGAAAUAUCCAGAUGAGUUUGCUCUCAGAGACCAGGACAAGUUCUACUACCGCUACCCCACAGGAGAGUCCUACCAGGACCUGGUGCAGCGUGUUGAGCCGGUCAUCAUGGAGCUGGAGAGGCAGGAGAACGUUCUGGUCGUCUGUCACCAGGCGGUCAUGCGUUGCCUGCUAGCCUACUUCCUGGACAAGAGUGCAGAUGAGAUGCCGUACCUGAAGUGCCCGCUUCAUACUGUGCUGAAACUCACCCCCAUGGCUUAUGGGUGCAAAGUGGAGUCCAUCUCGCUGAAUGUGGACGCUGUGAACACACACAGAGACAGACCUGAGGAGGUGAAGAAGGGUCCUGGUACUCUGUUGAGGAGGAACAGUGUGACCCCCCUGACCAGCCCGGAGCCCAACAUCAAGAAGUCCCGCAUUGACGAGCUGGACGAGCCCCCCCUCCAUGAGCUGCCCCCCUCGCUGUCCCUCUGCUCCCCCACGCUCCUCCCCCUCUCCCUGGCUGGACAGCACUGGCUGGGGAAAGUUUGCCUACGCACCAUCCUUCAUUAUCUGAAAGUGGUCUCUCUCUUAGUGUUCCAAAGAACCUGAAGAGGAAGUCUACGGACAGUCAUGAAGUCUUUCAGCUCUGCCAAUGAGACGCCAGAUAUCCCGGGAAGUGACAAGUGUGUUGCCACGGCGUUCGUCCCUUCCUCUCUCUGGACAUCCCAGAGACAUCUCAUUUCUGUUUCCUUCUCAGACCUGAGAGUGUGCUCUGCUGUCUGCCAGGGGGCCACCUGCUCUGAUGCUCAGAAUGGGGAAGGAAGAGCUGACCAGUAAAAACAUCUAAAGCUCUGUCAGAGAGCCAAGCAAAGGAACUUUACCGUUCCAGAAAGGGGCUUUCUACAAAAUCAAAUACAACCUCAUGCGCAACAAACGUCAUGUAAAAUUUGGACUGACUAAAGCUGUGUUCCUGAUCUUGUCACAACUGACCUCAUCCGGAUCCACAUUCUCAUUUCUCUGUCGUUGCUCCUCUUGCGAAGAACUGUUGUCAUGGCAUUGUUCUUAGAAUUGAUGUUAGAUCAUUCUGUUCCUUGUAGAAUUCCAGUUUAGACUGGUUUGAUGUGCAAUCAGCCCGCUCUUUCUUUGAACAAGAAUCCAACCAAAGAACACGAAGCCGGUGGAGUUCUACUGUGCACAUUAUUUAAGAAAAAACUUUGUUCGGAUUAUUACAAAGAAGGUCAUGCAUUUUCAGUUUGAUUACUUUUGUAAUCAGUUAUCAUUUUGUUCAGUGUAUGUGUGAAAGUACGGUGUGUUGUUGGUGUGUGGCCACACAGUGGUUGUGUUUAUCUCUGCAUCUUGAGAGGUAUGAAGGAGAUUAUCAUUUAAACCUAGAGUGCCUAGUGCUUGUCCUGCAAAGUCAAAGCUGCUUAAUGUACAGUACAGCCCAUAUCAAUAGACUCAGCUGCCUACCCACCUGCAGACAGAUCUUCAGACACUGCACAUAGCCUAUGACAUAUCACUGUACAGAUACGCUUUUUUUAAAUAUAUUUUUCUUUUUUUGUUGUUGCUUGAUUUUGAAAUCAGUGCUGAUCAUCUGAGUGGGACCCUGAUCUGUGUGGUUGUCCCAAAACCAGGGGAAAUGUCAUUGCAUGUGUGAGCGCCUAUAUUUUUGUUAUAACAUGUUAAUCUGUAAUUAGCUUUUGUAAAUAGCAUUGUACAUAUGAGGAUGGAAGGAAGCUGGAGGCCGAACAGUGUACAGGAAUUUCUGAAGUGUGAUUUGGAUUGAUUCAAGAAAGGAAGUAUGAAAGAGCCAGCCAGAGGAUCUAUUUUACUGCUACGGCUGACUGAUAAAACAAAUUAUGAUAAAAUGACAAAUGAUAUAACUAUGUCUUUAAAUGGCUGUAAUACUUUUGUUUGCUUCUGAUACUUGAACUCAGUUUUUUUUGUAAGAAAUGUUUUCUUAAACUAUUUAUUUGUUUGUAGAUUUUGAUGAUAGUAGAGAGAGAGUGGCACUGUGUUUCAUACCUGAGGAUCAUCCACUACCUGACAAUGACACAUGUACAUUCUGCUUUCACUGGACCAAUAAAACUACAGAAAAUGUAAUCUUUA